AUGGGUGUUCCCUUUGAGGCCUUGCUCCCUUACGGGAUUAUCUUGGGCAUGUUCGGCCUGUCCGGAUAUGGUAUCUCCUUUGUGAAAGGCUUUGCCAAUGACGGCAAGAAGGCCCGCUGGAACCGGGACCUCUGGGAUCGGCAAAUGAUGGAGCGUGACUUGCGACUUACCGGCUCGGAGCGCGGGCAAUCCAGCAACCAUGUGGCUCCCAAGGGCUUCGACGUCAGCAACCCGUGGAAGGUCGAGAAGCGGAUCUUCUAG